UCUCAACCAGUAUAGGUUCAGCUCUACUCCACUCUCUCAUUUGAGUUUUACUGCUGACAGGUAGAAAACCAGAAUAAGGCAACUCUGGAGUCAAGAUUUAUUCUCAAAUGAGUCUUUAAUGACUUGGAAACAAAUUAGAUUCUUCAUGAAAAAUAUAACUGCAAGGAUGCAAGUUCUAAAUAAAGUUAAGCUUUACAUUUUGGGACCCACACUGGCUUUCCUGAUCUACAAAAUCUGGAGAAAGGACAAAAAGAUAAAAGAACUUCAGGAAAAACUUGAGAAGAGUGGACAGGAAAAAGAAGAACUGCAGAAAGAACUAGGCAUCCUUCAGAAUGAAACUGGCAUACUUCAGAGUGAAAUUGAUAGGAGGAAGUCUCAAUUCAAGCAUGCCUGGAGGAACGCACCAUUAUAUUCUGAUUGGAGGAAAGAAGAAUUCAAAACUGCAAAUGUUACCCUGGAUGCAGAAACAGCUCAUCCUGCCCUCCUCCUGUCUGAAGAAGGGAGACGAGUUUCCUGGCAAGAAACGUGUCAAGAUCUUCCCAGCUCCCCACAGAGAUUCGACUCCAUUCCUUGUGUGCUGGGUGACAAGAGAUUCAGCUCAGAGAGAUAUUUCUGGAAAGUAGAGGUUGAGAAUGCCUGUUCCUGGGACCUGGGAGUUUGUAGGGAUAAUGUAACAAGGACGGGGAGGGUCACAAUGUCCCCACAGAAUGGUUUCUGGGCCAUUAGGUUCUAUGAGGGGGAGUAUUGGGCCCUCACCUCCCCAGAAACCCAUCUUACUCUCAGAGAAAAACCCUUUAUUGUGGGGGUAUUUCUGGAUUAUGAGGCUGGAGAUGUAUCUUUCUAUAAUAUGACAGAUGGAUCCCACAUCUUCACCUUUCCCCAGAACACAUUCUAUGGUGUCCUAAGACCACUUUUCAGACUUUGGUCCUCUGAGUCAGGCUCCCUAACCAUCUGUCCAAGUGAAUGAGAAUGUGCUGAUGUUGUAAUUCAUAUGUCUACCCACCAUGAGAAAUGAUGACUUUGAUCCCCAAUAAAAUUCACAAUUAUCCCCCAAAGAGAUACAAAUAGAUAUUUUUCUUAUUCCUUACUGGUUCAUUCUCAAGAUGAAACUCUGGAACUUAUGAUUGCCCAUUGAAUCAGAUGGCAUCACCAAUUCAAUGGACAUGAACUUGGGAAAACUGCAGGUGAUGGUGAGGGACUGGGAAGCCUGGCAUGCUUCAGUCUAUGAGGUUGUGAAGAGUCGGACUUGACUUGGUGACUGAAAAACAGCAUAUCAAUUCUCCCCUCUUCUUGAUUAUAUAUGUGUGUGUGCCUGCUCAGUCAUGUCUAGCUGUUUACCCUGAUACAAAAACCAGACAAAAAUACCAGGAAAAAGAAAAUUAUGGGCCAAUAUCACUAAUGAACAUAGAUGUAAAACUUAUCAACAAAAUACUAGCAAUUUGAAUCCAACAAUACAUUAAAAGGAUCAUUCACCAUGCAUCCUGUGAAUGCAAACAUUUUUCAGUAUUUGCAAAUCAAUUAGUGUGAUUCACCACAUCAACAAACAGAAGAACAGAAACUAUAUGGUCAUUUCAACAGAUGCAGAAAAAGAUUUUGACAAAAUUCAGCACCCAUUCAUGAUAAAAUAUCUUCAGAAAAAGGGCACUGAGGGAAUAUACCCCAACAUAAUAAAGGUCAUAUAUGACAAAUCUACUGCUGACAUACUCAAUGGUGAAAAGGAUGUCCACUCUCACCACUUUUAUUCAACAUAGUUUUGGAAGUCCUAGUUAUGGCAAUCAGAGAAGAAAAAAUAAAUAAAAGGAAUCCAAGUUUGAAAAGAAAUUAAACUGUCACCAUUUGCAGAUGACAUGAUACUUUACAUAGAAAAUUGUAAAGGUGCUACCAGAAAACUACUAGAACUCAUCAAUGAAUUUGGUAAAGUUGCAGCAUACAAAGUUAAUACACUGAAAUCUGUUGCAUUUCUAUACACUGAAAACAAAAGAUCAGAAGGAGAAAUCCAAGAAUCAAUCCUAUUUACCAUUGCAUAAAAAAGAACAAUAUACCUAGGAAUAAACUUACCGAAGUAGAGAAAAGACCGGUAUGAUUUAGUGCUUCCCUUAAGUUUGCAAUUAUUUGGGUUAAAAACAACAAUGACAACAACAUCAACAAUAAGAACAGAAGUUUUCAGUCUUUCUGUUACAAAUGAACAUCAUCUGAUGCUAUUGUCACUACUUAAAUUUUGCCUGCCACUGUCUUAUCAUUUUUUUCAGUAGGGGACAGGUUAUAUUUCUUGUAAGAAAUGAAUGAAUGAAUGUUAAUUUAUUCACUUACCAUAUUAUUCACCUUUAUGCUAAGCGUUGGACAUGGAACAAAAGACUGGUUCCAAAUAGAAAAAGGAGUACAUCAAGGCUGUAUACUCUCACCCUGCUUAUUUAACUUACAUGCAGAGUACAGCAUGAGAAAUGCCAGGCUGGAGGAAGCACAAGCUGGAAUCAAGAUUGCCAGGAGAAGUAUCAAUAACCUCAGAUAUGCAGAUGACGCUACCUUUAUGGUAGAAAGUGAAGAGGAACUAAACAGCCUCCUGAUGAAAAUGAAAGAGGAGAGUGAAAAAGUUGGCUUAAAGCUCAACAUUCAGAAAACUAAGAUCAUGGCAUCUGGUUCCAUCACUUCAUGGGAAAUAGAUGGGGAAACAGUGGAAACAGUGGUAGACUUUAUUUUUCUGGGCUCCAAAAUCACUGCAGAUGGUGACUGCAGCCAUGAAAUUAAAAGACGCUUACUCCUUGAAAGGAAAGUUAUGACCAAUAUAGACAGCAUAUUAAAAAGCAGAGACAUUACUUUGCGAACAAAGGUCAUUUAGUCAAAGCUCUGGUUUUUCCAGUAGUCAUGUAUGGAUGUGAGAGUUGGACUAUAACAAAAGCUGAGUGCCAUGGAAUUGAUGCUUUUGAACUGUGGUGUUGGAGAAGACUCUUGAGAGUCCUUUGAACUACAAGGAGAUCCAGUCCAUCCUAAAGGAAAUCAGUCCUGAAUAUUCAUUGGAAGAACUGAUGCUGAAGUUGAAACUCCAAUACUUUGGCCACUUGAUGUGAAGAGCUGACUCAUUUGAAAUGACCCUGAUGCUGUGAAAGAUUGAAGGCAGGAGGAGAAGGGGACAACAGAGUAUGAGAUGGUUGGAUGGCAUCACUGACUCAAUGGACAUUGCCGGGAGCCAACACACGAGACCCUACCCCUAAAAAGGCCAUAGGGGAGAAAACCUGACGGGCAAGGCGAAUCAGGUUUUCAGGGGUUUUCGAAAAGGCCAGCUCACGAGAUCCCACCCAUGACAAGGUCACGAGGAGAAAGCCUGACAGGCAAGGCAGAUCAGGUUUUCAGGGAUUUCGAAAAGCUGCCCCCGGCUCUCACCUUAAAGAUGAUAUUUGUCUUUCUGAUGCCUGCCUCAAUGGACUACUCCCUAAUUUCUCUGACACAGGCAGGAAGGCCUUCCCUGAUCUCUUCCCAAAUAAGAAUCAAUUUAAAACUUUAAUCAAUAAGUUUCCCAGGUGGUGGUAUAUUAUGAGAUUAUUCAGGGUGAAAGGAGUGUUUUAAUUUAAACUCCUUUGCUGGCAGUUUGUUAGCCAAAUGCAUUUAUGUGCUUGGUACUAAUAUGCAUGAUUGCUUAUAAUAUCCUAAUCAUAAAAUAGCAUAAAGAACCUGAUUAUACAAAAGCCCUAAUAGAUAUACAGCCCUUUUAAGGGGUAAAGGAGUCCUAUUAGAAAACAUAAGAAAAUUAUUCUAUAGGUGGUUAUUGGGUUGUGAUUUGCUUGCUGUGUUUUGCUUGCUGUAUUUCUGCCUUUAAUGUGCUAAGGUUGUGUUAUAAAAACCAUUGUUAAUAUAGUUAAAGAUCUAGAGAAAUAAGAACUUAGCCCUAGUGUGGUAACAAUGAGAUGGUUGUUAAUUGUCAGCCAGGAGUGCUAGGCAAAAGCUGCCUCACCAAAGUCGCAGUCAGUAUGGGGUAAACUUCUUAGAUAAACGCAACUGACAACUUUUGCAGAAAGAUUAAUUUUUGUAUUAACAAGAAUAUAAUUCUACUCUGUACUAUUUCCCUAUGACCCUGUUACCUUUCAGUUAAGGUCACCAUAAAAAUGGAAAAUAUGUUUACAAUCACCUGACCUGCAUAAAAUGUUAAUAGCCCCAAGGCCAGAAGAUCAUGUGCUAAGAGUUACUAUAGAAUUAGAAAGCAAAAAAAAUCCUGCUUUUCCUAAAAAUCAAAAUGAUGUAGUACUAAUCCUGUGUAAUCAUGAAUAAGCAUCUUGUACCUUGAAAACGUUCUGUGAAAGGGUAUAAAACCGGUUGUCAAAAAGUAAAACACAGACUUGGCCCUCUCAAGGCUUGUCUCACGUGUCUUGUCUCUCUCUCGCCAACGCUGUUCAUCCUGAGGGUACCCCCUGGAUCCUGCCGAGGCUGGACCGCUGCAGGACAUGUUUGAGUAAACGCCGGAGUUGGUGAUGAACAGGGAGGCCUGGUGUGCUGCAGUCCAUGAGAUCACAAAGAGUAGGACAUGACUGAGCGACUGAACUGAACUGAACUGAGCACUAAGCAUUCAACUGGGGCUUCCCUGGUAGCUCAGACAGUAAAGAAUCUGCCUGCAAUGC